CUCCGAGUAUAGCACUAGUGCUGUAUCCAAGUAGGAAAUUUAAAAUAAUUAAGUAUAACUUAGCGGUAAAUAUGAGUACUUUGGAUAAAAGUAUUACAGUAAAUGGUUUCAGCAACUGAAUAUUAGCCGACCGUCUACUGCCUUCAUUUUCACUGCUCUGACAGAUAAGUAAAUCGUCAUGCUGGAGCUGGAUGAGCCAUUCACCUCUGAUGAAACCGAAGAAGAAGAACAGAAAAAUGUUUCAUGUCAUGAAGAAGAGGCUUCAGAUGAUUUCCCACCAGCCCUUCUAAGCUAUUUUGAAACAUCAAAAACUAGAGCGGCAGUUUGUGAGAAACUUAUCCUUCAGGAACUUGAAGACUUCACACCAUCAGAUUCCACUGAGAAUAUGACGAGGCUGUCAAAUGAAGUCAGUAAAGAUAUGGUGAAACUGAAUGAACAGGUCGGUGGUGCAACAGAAAAUGAGGAGGACAAGACUGAUGGGUCCCUUCUUCAAUCACAAAAAGUGACACAAAAUCCUUUGACUCACACUAUGCCCAUGUGUCUUAAUAAUGAAGAUGGAGCUGGAACAGAUCGAUGUUGGGAGACUGAGAAAUAUUUGGCCCGGGACUUUAGCAAACAUGACAUAGCACAAGAGAAACACUGUGAUGAGGAGAUGCAUAAAAACGAGGAAAGGCAAAAAAGAGAAAUUAACUUCCAGGAGGAGCUGAGGAAGAUAAUGGAGGCAGAGAAACUGCAAGAGAAGGAACUGGAACUGAUGGCGAAAAGAGCCCAGGAAAAACUUGAGGAGGAGAUGCUGCUUCAGCAGGAAUUGAUUGGUAACUUACAAAAACAAGUGGAGCAAGAGAGGAGGAUGAUCGAGGAAGAGCAGAGAAGAAAAAACGAAGAAGAGAAAAGGAAAAAUGAAGAGAUGCAAGCAAAAAAGAAGCAGGAAGAGGAAGACAGAAAGAAAAUGAAGGAGGAAGAAGAGAAAAUUAAGAGUGAAGAGGAACAGGAAAGGAAGAAACUGGAAGAGAGGAAAAGAUUGGAUGAAGAGGAAAAGAAAAACAUGAUAAAAUUAAGACGUAAAGAAGAAAAGAAGCAAAAGGAGCUGUGGGAAAGGGAGGAGGUAAAGAAGAAAAGGGAAGAAGAAGAGAUUAGAAAGAAAGAGGAAGAGAGAAAAAUGGAAGAAAUCAAGGAAGAGGAGAGGAGAAGAGAGAUACAAGAGUUGGAGGAGAUAAAGCAAAAGCAGAAGGAGAGAAAGAAAAACAGGAAAAGUGAGGACGAGGAAACAAGAAUAAUGGAUGUCAAAAACAAUGUGACAGAAGUUUCUGGAAGGAAGAUGACUGAAGAUCAAAAGACACAAAAUGAAGAAAUAAUAAGUAUUAAGGAAGAAAAGAAGACAGAUAACAGAGGUGAGGAAGAGAAGACAAGAAAGGAAGUUGUGAGAAAAACUACAGAGCAUAAGAUGGAAAGAAAUGAGGUAGAGCCAAGAGAAAAGCCUGAGGUGAAGAAAAAGAUGGUGAAUGAAGACAGGGGAAAAGAUGAGACUAAAAGAAUAGAUGACAAAAUGCAACUCAUGGAAAGUGAAGAAAAGAAAAAGAACGAUGUGGAGAGUUUGGAAAAUCAAGAUAUGAUGAGGAAGGAAGAAAAGACUAAAGCAAAAGAAGAAGAGCUGAUUACAAUGAGAAAGGAAGAAAUGAAACAGAAUGAAGAACAAGAACACAGAAACGCAGAUGAAGAAAUAAAACUCAAGCCAGAGAUUUGUGAGAAUAAAGACCAGAACACAAGAAUGGAACAUGAGAGGAAAAAAGAUAAAGAAAAGAAGCAAGAAGAGUUGCAGAAACAACAAGAGGGGGUUAGUAUAGGAAAAAAGAAGGAUGGGACGGGAAACAAGGAAGAUGCAAAGGAUUAUGGAAAUGAGGUGAAGGAAAACAUACAAACAGAAGAAAGGAAAGUAGAAGAAGAGGUGAAAGAACGAGUCAUAAGUAAGAAUGAGCUGCGAGACAAAGAAGGAGAAAAUAGCAGCAUGCAAUCUCAGAAUCAGACUACUGGCAGGACCUCACACGCAGGAGGCAACACCAAGUGGACCUCAAGUGCUGAUCCACUGCAGAGUGAAUCUACAGCCGACCCCGUCAGCUCUGAAACUGCAAAAAAAAAUAACCUAAACAAGAACAUCAGUCAGAUCCAUGUCUAUAAAAACAGUAACCAGCAAGAUCCUGCAAAGCCUGGCACUUCUUCUUACUUUUUGCCUGCAAGCCUUCCAGAGCACACAGAGCAGAAGAGGCUGUUGUGGAUGAAGGAAUGCAUCCCUUGGUCUAAAUUGUCCUGCCAGAACAGGAGGAAGCAGAAAGGAUCAGCCCGGAGUAGGACAGGGCCAAGGGGGGUGACAGAGGGUAGCAGCCUGCCCCCUCUGUGCCCACACACUCUGCUUCAGUCCACAGGCUGGAGAUCCCUGCAGGAGGUUACCAGCGUGACCUUGGAGGAUUUACCUGGCUGCAGCCUUUUUACUCUUGCCCAGUGUACUCAACUUCAGUCGCUUACCCUCAGACGCUGUGGACUGAAAUCAUUGGAAGGUAUCAACCACUUACAAGAGCUCUGGUACAUUGACCUACAGGAAAAUGACAUCUCAUUUGUGGAUUGUGAAAACAUGAACAGCUUACGAGUUCUUCAACUUGCCCACAACAAGCUGACUUCCAUCCAUGGUUUAAAUGGUGCUGAGAAUUUGGAUAUUCUUGAUCUCUCGCAUAACUCCAUCACCCGUAUUGCUGGUCUGGAGUCUUUAAGGAGGCUACAGAGGUUGUCAGUGAACCACAACCAGCUGAUCAACACCAAAGGGCUGAGAGAUGUAUAUACACUGCUCCACCUGGAUUGCUCUCACAACCACCUGGCCAACGUGGAGGGUCUGGAGAACAGUGCUCUGCUUCACACCCUGGAUCUAAGAGGAAACAGCCUUACUGAGCCCCCGAGUCUGAACAACCAGGUCCUCCUCAGAGAGCUGCAUCUGGAUGACAACAGCAUCUCCUCCCUUCACGGCCUCACUGCCUGCUGGCUUCCUCUAAUGCAGCACCUCUCUGCAGCUCAAAACGGAAUUACUCAGCUGCCCUCCAUGUCUAAUUUUGUGUCCCUUGAAAAUCUGGAUCUUAGAUACAACUGCCUGUCAGAGCUGCAGAAUGUGUGUGAAAAUCUUGAGGGAUGUCAGUUCCUGCGUGAAAUCCACCUCACAGGGAAUCCUCUUCAGCAGGAGAGUGGCUGGAGAUCCACACUACAGCAAUCAGUGCCCGGCCUUAGAGUCAUUGAUAGCCACGAGACAGAUUCCUUUUUCUUGCCUCCAGCUGUUCAGCAGGUCAGCUCGGCCUCAGACUGCUUCCUAACUGUCUGCCAGGCUCAGCUUCGGCAGACUCAUAAUUUACAGCAGCAUCACAGCAGGGAGCUCAGCAGACUUGCAUUUCCCUUUAAUGAUGUGCAAAGCUUCUGCCGGCACUUCAGUAUGACUCUGAAGCUGGCUGAGGACCAGAGAUUUGCCCAUGAAUAUGGUGAGACUACUGUGCCUGAUGAACACUGGGCUGCAAGUCAAACAGCGCCUGAGAAAACACUGGGUAGUGUCAUUGGUGAAGAGCUUAUGGAUUGCCGAGAUAUAGAGUCCUCUAACAAAGUACCACCAGUCUUUCCAAAUAGAGACAUCAUGAGAUGCAGCUAUUGGAAUUUUGAAGAGACUCCAGCUACAGAGAGUCACUAUGACACAUUUGGCCUAAAACAGGGUCCAGCGACCUUCUUCAGUGAUGAAAAAGCAUCUGUCUCCAGCCAUCAAGACUUAAAUCUCAAAAACACAGCAGCAGUUGUGAUUCAGCAAUGUUGGAGAAAAUACAAGCAGAUAUGUGGGAACACAGAGAAAGGAGGAAAAGGAGGAGGAGAUGGAGGAAAGCCAGAGUCAAGACUUUGCUAUAUUAAUAGGAGCACUGCUGGCAAACACUAUGCGGCAACUGUCAUCCAGGCAUUCUGGAGGGGCUACACUCUGAGGAGGAGGCUCACAUCUGCUCUUGCUGCUGUGACAUGCCCCAGUGUUGGAGAGGAUGACACCUUUGAGGAGGUGGACAUAGAUGAAUUUGUCUUUGAUGAGGCAGCUUUGGAGGAACACUUCACAUUGAUGCUUUCUCAGCACUCAUCUCCCAGACAUCACCUUGUGUCAGAGCAGCAAUUAUCUAUGGAGCCUCCUGGGCCCCGUCUUGAUCCCUCCCAGGACAUACUCCCCCUACCAAAGCACGCCUGGAUGGCUGGGGAACAUGUGGACUCAGCUGCACAGAGAAUUUCAGCAGACGGUUCUAACAGAAACACAUCUCCUACUUCCACCUCAGCGCUUAGUGGUCUCUCUGAAAGAUCAGAAAAGAUUCUAGAAGAAUGGGGCUUUACUGACAGCCACACAGCACUUCUGCUGCUGAGGAGAGCUCGGAAGAUGAAGUCAAAGAGACAACUGCAAAAGAAGCAAAGGGAUCCCUCUGUCCGACUUGCCUUGUUCAGAAAUUGUAAUUACCAGCUUGGUCCAGCGGAGGCACAAAACACAACAGCACGAUACAACAGAAAUUAUGUAAAAGCUGGUGGGGCUGAGACGGGCCAUCAGCAGGCAGAGAGGACAGAGCAAGUUAAGCAAGAUCAAACUCAGCAGUGGCUCCAUACCCAGGCCACUCAUGGGCAUUCAGACAGUGAUCGUUUCUUACCGGACAUAAACUCAUCCAUUCUGAGCGGAGGCAGAGUGCAGCUCGUAGCUAACCCAGCAUAUACAGAUUGUCUAAAUCACACCAGUGGACUGUGGGCCAACAGCAGUUUGGUCGGCCAGGGUUGCAAAGUGAACAGUUAUGCCCGUAGAACCUCCUCCAGUCAUGCAAGAAAAGAAGUCCCAUCUCCUGCGCGAGUCACGUCUGCCCCAUCAAAAAAGGAGCGUAUCUCCUUCCGUGACAACCCGGUUCAGCUGAGCGGUGGCUGGGGAGGUGGCAAGAAAAGGGACAGAGUGCACAAAACUGUAGCUGGACCCAGCUGCAGAGAGAAGCACAUCAAAAGGCCAAGCUACGCUCUUAGGGAAAUUGCAAAAAAGCAAAUUAUGGUAAUACUGAUGACAUGAUCUCUGCUACUUUGUAUGUGUACAUAUAUGUGUGUGCGUUUAUAUAAUAGCAGGAGAAAGUCCAAACUCUUACAAGCUAAUGUACAGUAGGCCUGCAGUGUCGUAAACAAACAAUAAAGACCACCACUGAAAGGCACAUCACUCUUUGGCACACUGAUAAAAUCGUUCAUGUAUAGUUACAUUAAAAAUGUAACAUGAAAUAUCUUAACAUGUGCACACACGGACAGGUUCGCCAAAAGUGGCUUUUAAUUAGCAAGAUUAAUAUAUAUUACUCCCCAAAUAGUAUUAAAGAAGCUAAGAAUGAAUUUAUUUAUGAUAGUAACAACCUUGAUGAAAAUAAGGACACUCAAAAUCUCAUAUUCCACGGAAGUGUAUAUUAUUUCCUUGGAAUUCAGUAUGGGGGUUUGCCAAUUUUUCUAACAGGACCGAGCAGACAUCAUUUUUUUAAAGACAAUAAUAAUAGUCAAGAAGAUAAUAUACAGAACUAAAUAAACAACUUAACUCCGUUUUAUUUUGUGCUGCUCAUUCGUGGUUCGAUGCGCGCCGAGUUGUGCGUAAAUCGUCUCCCUCACGCAGUUCAUUGUAA